AUGACUUUCCACCUCCAUCAGACACUGAGUCUCCUAACGCUCGGCUUGCUGUUCCGCCUGUCGUUAGUACUUGCCUCCCCCACGAGUCAGAUCGACUAUUCUCAAUAUGUGAACGUAUUUAUGGGAUCGGAAGGCCCAUUCCCCGGCCAAAGCUACGGAGGUGGAGACAUCUUCAUCGGCGGUGCUCGCCCGUUCGGAGUGACUAAAGUCGGAAUCGACACGACGGCUGCCAAUUGGAGCACUGCGGUGCUCAACGGAGGGUGGACUCCAGAUGGGAAUGUUACGGCUAUCACUAUGAUGCACGAAAGCGGCACUGGAGGAGCUCCCAAGUACGGCAUCAUCUCACAGAUGCCCUUGACCAAUGUCGCCUCUCCCGUAAACAUACUAGACAACACUACAUAUAGCCAGCCAAGGAAUGGCAACGAUACAGGCAGUGUCGGGUAUUUUAAAACGCAUCUCCAGAAUGGGGUCGAAGCAGAAUUAUCUGCAUCUCGACACGCUGCAAUUAUCCAAUACAAUUUCUCUAAAGGCGAGAAAUAUAUUCUCGUCGAUGUGUCUCAUGUAGGCAUUCGGAUGUACCUACCGGGCUCACCACAAGAUCCUAAUAGUCAAUUCUAUAUUGGCGGAGGUAUUCAGCUUGAAGAGAAUGGCCGAAGAUAUACCGGACAUGGGACCUACGGUGGCGGUUGGAAUAACGGCGCACCUUUCACGGUUUUCUUCUACGGUGAAUUUUCGACGGCUCCCCAUGAAGCGCGCGCAUUUACCGGAAAGGAUGCAGAUUCAGAUAAUGAUGGCCCAAGCUACCCAGCAUGGACCGACCAGUCCGAUAAAGCGACAUCGGGCCCUAUGAACGACCGGGUUGGAGCGCUUUUCAGUUGGAAAGACGACAAGGCUUCUCAAAUCAUCUCUAGAAUCGGUAUUUCGUUUAUAUCUAUCGAUAAAGCUCGUUCAUAUGUUGCUGCUGAGAUUCCGUCAUGGAAGCUUGAAGAUACGGUCAUGUCUGCCGUGCAGGAAUGGAACGAGAACGUGUUCAGCAAAAUCCAAGUGCCCCUUGACGAAACUGCAAAUACCACGCAUGUUCGGCUACUAACCGGCGAAAAUCCUCUCUGGGUGUCGGACGAGCCGUACUGGGAUGACUUUUAUACCGUUUGGGAUAUCUUUCGCUGCACGGUUAGCUUCUAUCACAUCUUUCAGCCUGUAUACUACGAGUCUAUGAUUCGAGGAUUGAUCGACAUCUGGAGAAACGGAGGGUUCCUACCAGAUGGGCGCUCCGGAAACUGGAACGGACUGGUUCAAGGGGGCUCUGACGCCGAUAAUAUGUUAGCGGACGCAUAUGUGAAGGGACUGCGCGGGGGAAUCAAUUGGAGCGAUGGCUACGCAGCCAUGAAGACCGAUGCCGAAAUAGUCCCUGAAAAUACUUUCGACGCGACCGACACUUCAGCAAGUACAAAAGAAGGCCGAGGGGCUCUCAAGGACUGGCUACAGCUAGGUUAUGUGUCCCAGGACAGAAGCACUCGGUGCAUUUCGAGGACUGUCGAAUAUAGUCUGAAUGAUUUCGCUCUUAGCCAGGUUGCGGUGGGCGAAGCACCCAUCGAUCAGGCAAAGUAUCUUCGUCGGUCUGCGGGAUGGCAAAAGAUAUGGAACCCCGAUGUUGAGAGCUUGGGCUACACUGGAUUUCUAGCACCGCGAUUUUCCAAUGGUUUAUUCAAUAAUAGCGGCUAUGACCCACGACUCUGUUAUGAGUGCGGAUGGCAUUCUUAUACCUACGAAGGUGUGCCAUGGGAGUAUUCCUUUGUCGCCCCCCAUGAUAUGGAAUCUCUCAUUGAUCAUAUGGGUGGCCCCGAUACAUUUGAGUCUCGGCUUGAUAUGAUGUUCAAACCCAACAUGUCUACUCAGGACCUCGAAGCGAACGGUGCCGGAAUCACCACAAUAAUGAACAUUGGAAACGAGCCCGACUUUGCAACACCCUAUCUAUACAACUACAUCAACAAACAAGCAAAAAGCGUCGAGAAAUCCCGCAAUCUUGGACACCAGUACUUCAGGGAUGCCGCCUACGGGGUUCCCGGAAACAGCGACGCAGGGGCAAUGAACACCUGGCUCGUGUGGCAGAUGCUUGGGAUCUACCCUGUCGUCACACAGCCCGUCUAUCUGAUCGCUUCUCCCUGGUUUCCGGAUCUGAACAUGACAAUCAAUGGGAACCAAACGCUGCGGAUCACGGCCACGGGGCUGGAUCAAGGGUACUAUGUGCAAAGUGUCAAGGUCAAUGGAGAAACUUGGUCGAAGAAUUGGUUUGAACAUAAUGAUUUGAUGGUGCAGGGUGGCACGGUUGAGUUUGAACUGGGCCCGGAGAUGAGGCACUGGGAUACGGGCAGCGUCCCGCCGUCACCCGGACAUGUUGUGUUGUAG